AAUGGACGUUCGCAAGGACGAAGUCAGUCAACCCGCCGCCCUGCAGAGUGACAGUGGCUGCAUCCGAUGUGCCUUCGGCUUCAUUCGACCCCAAGCGGUCGCUCCCGUCCCAAAGGUCCUCGAUGGGAUGGCCACCUCGCCGACCGAGGGCUGGGACGAGGAUCUCUGCGCCAACUGCCGCCUCUGCGGAAUCAUCGCCGGAGGCCUUCCGCAACUUAGAGAGUUAUUUCCAAGCGAUUUCCAAGGAAAUUUUGAUCGCGUCUCGCUCGCAUACGAUGAGACGGGCCGUACAUCCGCGUUUGUUCUUGGUAGCUCGGGCGUGAACUCGAAUGGCGGAGCUAUUUCCCUGCCCUUGGAAGUCUUCACAUUGGCACACAACCCCAGAAGCGGCAACUUGCUUCCCCCAUGUCUCCAAUGGUCUAGAGAUGUCCCUGCUACGCUCCAGUUGACGCAGGCAGCCGAGACCGUCAAAAGAUGGAUCGUCAGCUGCGACAAGCAUCAUCCACAGUGUGCAAUCCGUUCCUCCUCGGUUCUUCCUACCAGGGUUCUGGACUUGGGUGUGCCGGGAAACAAAUCCGGGAUCAAGUUAAAGGUUACAAGCGGCCUGUCUGCUCCGUACAUUGCUCUGAGCUAUUGCUGGGGAUCGUCGCAGACCACCUUCAGCACGACGACGUUGUCUCUGAGAGACAGGCUCAACGGGAUUCCCUGGGAUCCCCUUCCAAAGACCUUUCAGGAUGUUAUAGAGUUCUGCUGGGCCAUGAAAAUCAGCUACCUCUGGAUUGAUGCGCUUUGCAUAGUCCAAGACGACCCGGCAGACUGGGAGCUUCGAGCGGCCGACAUGGCAAACGUAUAUUCAAACUCUCUUCUUACUGUGGCAGCAACACGAUGCCCAAAUAACGCCACGAGUCUCUUCUCAGACAGAUGGACCAGUUUUCCUCUCCCAGGCGGUGGUUCGCUCCCAGCCAAGACAACGACCAUAUCACUGCAAUUCGGAAAUGAGACCAUAUACGUACGGCCACAACUUCAUGUCGCCCACAGUCGCUUUAUCGAGAUGGAUAACGCGAAGCACCACAUUACUGAUGCCCCCCUUAUGACAAGAGCAUGGGCAUACCAAGAACGGCUUCUCCCUCCGCGGUGUUUGCAUUUCCACGCCGAGGAACUAGUCUGGGAAUGCAACACCGGUUUGAAAUGCGAAUGCAUGAGAUUGGACGACCCUGAAUCGCAGCUGACGGACACCGAAAAACAUGGCGCCACGGGUUUGGAAGCUUAUGAACCGUCGAAAUACUGGCUCAAAUCGUGCCUUACGCGGGCCUUGAACGACAAUGCGGCCGUCCAAGACCUGAGGUUCGCCUGGUUCGACAUUGUCUCAGAAUUCUCGCGACUAGAACUCACGUACGAGAAGGAUCGUCUUCCCGCAGUGUACGGACUGGCCAAGAAAUUGUCACGACCAAUAUUGGGGAGAUACCUAGCUGGUAUGUGGGAAGGGGAUCUGGCAGCUGGAUUGCUAUGGCAGACGGCAGCUUCCCGGCGACUUGAUGCUCCCCAUUCACCGCAUACACGAGAGGUUCCAUCCUGGUCUUGGGCGUCAAUCCUGGGCCCUAAUUCCGUUUUCUAUGACAGAGGACUAUCGUCCACAUUCUGGGGGUCUCCUUUUUUCCGACUGAUCGCCGUUGAGGGUCGAGAUACCUUUGGCAGCAUCUGUGAUGCCAAGCUUAAAAUCGAGGGAUUGCUCUGCGACUGCACACAACCAGUCCAGAGUCUAAUCCCAAGGAAAACGGAGCUUGCUGGAGAGGACCUUUUUGCGUCACAGGAAUCCCAGGAAAUGUCUCGGCGCAGUGUUUUCCUGGAUGACGGGAGGAUAGUAGUCAGCGAUGCCCUUGAGCUAUACUUUUUGCAUCUUGGAAGACGAGCAGUGACAAGCUUAAAAGACCAGUCUGAGGAAGAAGAUGAGUCCGACGGGUCAGGCCGUUCAGGCAGCUGGUUGCGAGAUAAUGGCUACGCCCACUAUGGACUUGUCCUUCGGAAGUCGUCAUUAGAUGAUGACACGUAUCAGCGAGUUGGAAUUCUUAUUUGCCCUGAUUAUAAAUGGAACUGGGGAGUUGACGCCAAAUCACCGAGAAGCGGAUGGGAGGAAGUGUCCAGGCUACUUUGGCGGGACUGUCAAGCUUUAAAGAACGAAGCUUUAAAGAACGAAGUUUAUCCUGAUAUUAAAGAUAGAUAUCUUUGUCAGAUUUUGCUAGUUUAAUUACCUGGCUGCUUAUUAUAACCUGGUCCUAGGCCAGACGGUUUGGAAUGGCAGUGAUAAUAUAGAUCUACUUUUAAAUUAUAUGGCGCAGUACUAUCUGAACUCCUAUCUAAGUGGACUAAUUAUAUUUAAAUUACUUUUAUAAUAUCAAAAGGUAAGGGGCCCUAGUAGCACACACACCUUGAGG